GGUGUCACUGGGGGUAUCCCCGUGCCCUGCGGGUGUCCCCGGGGGUGUCCCCGCCUCCCAGGGGGUGUCACCGCGUGCCGGGGGUGUCCCCCGCUGCAGAACCGGAUCCCGGUGCUGAGCCCGGCGCUCACCGACGGCUCCCUGGGCGACAUGAUCUUCUUCCACUCGUACAAGCGCCCGGGGCUGGUGCUGGACAUCGUGGAGGAUCUGCGCCUUAUCAACACGCAGGCCCUCUUCGCCAAGCGCACGGGAAUGAUCAUCCUGGGCGGGGGCCUGGUGAAGCACCACAUCGCCAACGCCAACCUCAUGAGGAACGGGGCCGACUUCUCCGUGUACGUGAACACGGCGCAGGAAUUCGACGGCUCCGACUCGGGCGCCCGGCCGGACGAGGCCGUUUCCUGGGGCAAAAUCCGCCCGGAUGCGACGCCGGUCAAGGUUUAUGCCGACGCCUCCCUGGUUUUCCCGCUGCUGGUGGCCGAGACGUUCGCCCGGAGCGCGGGAUCCUUCCCAGAGCCGCUGCAUGGAGCCGCCCCCCCACAAUCGUCACCCUAG